ACAGAGAGGGAACUGCCGCUCUAGGCUCAUCCUUAUUUCCUUAUUUAUCUCUUCAUUUUUAGAGCAAGUGACCGGAGAAGUAUCUCGUGCGCAUCGAGCAGUGAGUGACUUGGUACUUGUUCCCGGCAGGUCAAUCAGGAGGAUGAGGCACAUUAAGUCUCAUUUAAUCUUCACCAUUGGAGUCAUGAUGGGAUUUCUCUCCUCUCGCAUUGUGUUGGACUCGAACUUUGCAACAGAACAAGCCAUUUACUUCACGAGGAAUGCUACGCACGAAGUCAAACAGCUCGUGCACACAGUUGAGAACAAGAGCUCAGCGGCUAAUUCCCCUAGAACACCGCGGAUCUUGUGCUGGAUCAUGACGGGGCCCAAGAACUUGGAAUCCCGGACCAAGCACAUCAGGGAAACGUGGGCCAAGCGCUGCAACAAAGUGCUGUACAUGAGCUCUGUCGAGACGGACUUCCCCACUGUGAAGCUGAACGUGAGUGAGGGGAGGGAAAACCUGUACUGGAAGACCAUCCGAGCCUUUCAGUACAUCCACCAGCACCACCUGGAUGAAGCGGACUGGUUCCUAAAAGCAGACGACGACACGUUCGUGGUCAUAGAGAAUCUACGCUACACCUUGUCUACAUAUGAUACUGAAAAGCCGUUGUACCUGGGUAGAAGGUUUACCCCCUUCAUCAGUCAAGGCUACAUGAGUGGAGGAGCAGGUUAUGUCCUCAGUAAGGAAGCACUGAGGAGAUUUGUCGAAGGGUUCAAUACUGGGAAAUGUACCCACUUCUCCAACAUAGAGGACAUGGCUCUGGGUAAAUGUAUGGAGACGAUGAAGGUGGAGCCAGCGGACUCCAGGGACAUUAAGGGGAGACAAACGUUUCAUCCUUUUCCUCCAGACCACUACCUCGUCAGGCAGCCACCAAGACCGAGGCCUUGGUAUCUGCUUUACGAACACUAUCCCCCGGUAGAGGGUCCAGGCUGCUGCUCAGAUUUUGUCGUGUCCUUUCACUACAUUCACGCUGUCGAGAUGUAUGUUUUGGAGUACCUGACGCACCAUCUGCGGCCGUAUGGAUACAAAUACAGAUUUAAUCCGGAUGAAAAAACUGAAUUCAAGACCACAACUAACUCCACAUGAAAUGUUAAUGUGCACAACAACCUCUGCACUAAUUAUAGAAGGACUUGAGGGUCUCAGCAGGUUUCAGAGACAAACUUAAUUUACUCACCAUUAUAUAUUAAGAUCUCCCUAACCAUAACUUUUUAAUUCAAGACUUUUCAGGUUUAUAGUUGAUUCCCUCCACCUGCACCUCCAAGUAUUCCUGAUGAUGGUCUGAAUCUGUGAAAACAGUGUUGAUGUUAGGGGGUGUGAGUGGGUCUGUUUUACUUAGCUGUUACUUUGUAUUUAAUAAGAAAUGUAAGGAAUAAUCUAAUUUUAACAUGAUGCGGGCCUUCAAUCUGUCUUCCUUGUAUUUGUCUUUUAUGACCGUGCUACAAACUUGUACCGUUUUUCUAGAAGCUUGCCUUUCUCUGGGAAAACAUCUGUGUAUAUUAUGUACUGAAGUUGCUAAAAAGAAGCUUGUUGUGAAGUUUGGCAGCAACAAGGGUAAACCACAUUAACUUUGUGACAGAUGGGGUGUGGGGUAUAUCUAGCCAUGCAGUGAAAAUACCUACUGAUCUAAAUAGCUGACAUUAAAAAAUAACAUCAAAAAAAAAAACAAGUUGUAUUGAUAAAGAAAAGAUGGGAUAAAUGCCAAUGGAAAUUGAUCAUUAAAAUGGUGCUAUGGUAUGCUACUGCAUACAAAGCAGUAGUUUUGUGUAUACUGGCCACCAAAAUAAUUUGCUGUCAAAUGCACAUAUAUCAGUAGUAAACAGUUAUGAUCUCAUCUCACUGGUACCAUCUGGCAGGGCUGAAAACCUGACAAUCUUGACAAAACUACAAAGCAUUAUUAUUAAAUACAAUAUUGGUGCAUACUGGCUUGUACAAUAAAUAUGAAGCAACCAGCUGAGAGACUUCACUUGGACUCUAGCUUUUAGUCAAUGGACCAAAGAUUUGAGACCUGAUUUGGAAUCUUGCUCAACAAAGACUUGAGUCAUGACUUGGACUUCCAAAAAAUGACUUGUGAGCAUCUCUGUUGUGUACUCAAUGUCAAAUGCCAUAUGUGUGUUGCUCUGUGUGCACUUUUGAAAGGGUUAUAAAAAUGGACAAUCUUUAAGAAAUUAUAUUUUAUUUAUUGAAAAAAAGGUUUAUUUUGUUGAACUACCGUGUUCUAACUUUACUAUUCCUUCUGGCAUUUUAACAGUGUUAAACAAUAAAACAGUAUAUUUUACAGUCAAAUGUAUCUGUCCAUAAAAUAUUCAUCCUAAUAGAGGUUAAAAGAGUUUUCUUAAGAUGAACUAAAACAACUACAGCUUGAGAAAGCAAUAUUGAAGUAGCUACAACAUGUGAGUAUACCUUAAUUGUUAAAGGGAUAGUUUGGGUGUUUUUAAGUGGGGUUGUAUGAGGUACUUAUCCAUAGUCAGAGUGUCGCCAUGCCCCCAGAAUGGAGAAUUGGACAGGAAUACUGGCAGAGGAGCAAAGCAAUAUACUGGUGUGGAAUGUAUUUUGUAUACCUAAAAGAAAGGAUCACCAAAAUCAAUGUCAGUUUAAGUAUGCGCUAUAUUUUAAAUACCAGAUGGGGAACUGAACUCAAAGUGAAACUUGGCUUUGAAAAGAGCAUAGAUAACUUUCUCUUUCAGUUCAGUUGCCCAUCCGAAAGGAAAAAAAAACAGUGAAAAUAUUUUUAAUAGAGCAUAUGUAUACAUGAACUGAUAUUAAGGUUUUUAUUCGGUGAGCAUUUUGCUGGCCUCGUCCACACCAGUAUAUUGCUUUGCAUCCCAUCCUUUCCGUUUCUCCAAAAUGGGGGCGUGCCGAUGUCCCUCUACUGUAGGCAAUACAUUGAUUAUGGAUAAGUACCUCAUACGAGCCCACUUAAAAACACCCAAUCCAUCCCUUUAAGAAUACACAGUGUGCUUAGGUAUCAACAUGCCCUUAAAGGCACUGCUGUUUUGUAGACAACUCUUAAAGAAACACCUGAAAACAGUGACCCACAAAAACAAUAGCAAGACGAAUCCCAGAAUUAAAUACCCUAAAAGGAAAUAGAAAGUGUUUUAUACCCGUCAGGUCCAUAAACUACAUCUGUAACAACAAUAUACAUGGUAACUAUAUUCACAUUGCAGGUGAAAGUUCCUCAAUUCUGAUGUUCUGCCCUGUGCUCUUUUCAUCGUCAUAUUGUCAUGACAUAAAUCCUACUGGCACAUAUAAUUUAACUAACCAGAUUUAGACACAACUGUCAAUAACUGAGAAAUAAUUUGCCAUAGUUACCGACAGAAACAGCUUUAGUCUGUUUGUCCACAGCUGUGAGUCCUGCCAAGCUGCAUGGAGUAGAUGGAAUGUGCUGAUUGGGAUGCAGAGUUUGAAUAAACGGUUUUGCAUUCAUUGUACACUCACUGAGAUGUGAAACCCUGUUGUCAGUUGAGGCUCUGCUAUUCUUUAGCUGAACUCUCCCUCUCUCCCCCCCCACCCCCCACCUGUUUCCUUGUUUAACUUGAAAUCCUGGUCACACCGGUAAGGAUAAGCACAACAACACUUUGAAAGAGCUGCACUUUCAGAGAUGCUGUUUAACCCUCUGAUGCACAACAUAUUCUAAAAAUGUUAAUGCACAGAAAAUGUUCAUUGCCCCCAUUAUAUGAUACAUAGCUGAAUGGUUCGUUUUAUUAUCUUUUUCACAAUAUUAUGUCAUUAUCUAGGAUUUUUUUUAACUAACUAGCUCCCGUAGCGGUGCCUACGGUGUGAUAGAAUUUGAAUUGUAAGUCGCUUUGGAUAAAAUCGUCUGCUAAAUGACUGUAAUGUAAUGUAAUGUGUGUGAUUACAGUAUUUUGUGUAACUCGCCUUGUGUUUUAUUUCAUAUUAUAUCAAGUUUUAAUCAUGGUACUGAAGGACUUGAGGGUAGUGGAUUGCGAUUAAGAACUUUCAAGUGAACAUGUUCAGAGCUGAAAAACUGAACCGGUUGACACAGGAUCGCUGUCUGAGUGUAUAGACAACAACCGAAAGAAAGGCACAAUAAAAUGAUUUGCAUCAGGGAUGGCGUGUUGAACCCAGUCUUGUUGAUUCCCCUGUCAGCGCAUAUUGGUUUGUAGUUUUAUAUUUGGGUAUAAAUCCCAGAGCAGAUAUAUGUAGUUUUCCAAAAUGACCAGACGGCUAGUACAUGUGCAGCAGUUAAAAAUUGAGCAGGAGCACCUGCAGUGUGAACGUAGCCUGAGAGACAGUAAGGAGGUCCAAGCCUGAUCUCCAUGACGUCCUUGACCUGCAGCAGUCCACAAAGCACCAGUCUGUUCCGUCCCUCGGCGACGGUGAUGGAGCAUGUUCGCUUUGCAUGCACCCUUUUC